GUGUAAUGGAAAGGUGAGCUUAGUUGAUUCUUAAACUUCGUCAACGUUAGUUGUUUUAAUUUUGUUCUUCGCGCGAAUGUAGUUUUUCGUUGAAACUUAUUUUUUUUUAAAUCAAAUAAUUUUGUUGAUCGCAUGUACAUACACUUUACUUACUCACAUACGAAAACUUAAUAUUUGAAUGUGGAAUUAAUUAAAAAUGUUUUGCUAAAAAUAACAAGAGACAGAGGUUCUUUCUCACAACAAACGAAAAUUACAACCGAUUUUCAAGUGGAUGCUUUUUUUCUCUGUUAAAGCAUAUCGUGUUUGAGUUAAUUUACACAUGGAUAUAGUGGAUGUGUAGUGUUUAAAAAAAAAGAACUAACAACAAAAUUUAAAACAAAAAAAAAUUAUUUUAAUCAUCAUCAAUCUGGUGACAUUGGAAUAAAAUGGACGAGACUUGUUAUGGGGGAGGUGAUAUAGCCGGUGCCAUAUUUGGUACAUUAAUUUGUGGUAUAGCACUAGCAUAUUUGUUAUGGUGGCUGUAUAAAAACUACUGGAAGAACCGAAAAGGAGCACACCUUGUUGUCGAAGAUCCGGAAAACGCUAAAAAUGAUUUUGCAUUCGAUAAUCCAGCAUUUAAAAAUGAUCAACAAAAGAAAGCUUCCUCGCCUCUGGAUACGAAAUGGACGAAUAAGGAAAAUAGCCUAGACAAGCGCAAGACGGUUGACGACUCUCAUGCUGGGGUUCCCGUUCCACGCAUAAUAUCACUUCGCGGAUCAGACUUUACUGGACUUGGCAUUGAAGUGUGUGGUGGUUUGAAGGAUGGAAUAUUCGUCAAGAAGGUGAUGCCACAAGGACCUGCUGCGAAUAUCGUUAGUGUGGGAGACAAGAUCACAAGCAUAACCAUUGACUUCAGACACAUCGUUCAGGAGGACGCAGCAACCAUUCUCAGCUACGCAUCACCGUACAAUGUUCAAUUGGAGUAUGUUGAAGGCAAGGGCAUUAUUCCGCCAAUCGGUUCACAAAGUCCCAGCACAGUGUCGUUGACACAUCCCUUGUACAGGUCCAGUAGCCAAGAGGAUUUCAAUACUAUCGAACGAAAUGCUCGAAAGAAAUUGUUCCCCAAUGACGACGGCAAUUAUCCCACUCUGAAAAUGGAGCAACAAAGGCUCUCUCCCAGUAAAAAUCUACCGAUUGUUCACAAAGAAAAUGAAAAGAAAAUUAAUGGAAAGCAAUCCGUGGCGACAGAUAGUAUACAGACGAUGAGCGUGCAUGUUGAACCAACUGAUUCGAACGUACGAUAUUCGACUGAGGAUGAAGCAAAGAAAUUAAAGUUUGGAAUCCGAGUUCUACCGCCGAAUGUAUCCGAUAAAGUAAUGAGUGGAAAGAGUCCGAACAAAGCACAGGCGAACAAUGAAAACAACGCGAACAUUGAGAAUGAUAACAAGCCGCCACCCAUAAGUAAACGCACAAAAAAUACGAAACAGGAAGAUACGACCAAUGAAAUCCUUAGCGAAGAGUUCGUUAGAAAUGGUAGCAUUAAUUCAUCGGGUAUUCGACGAGAUGCUGCUGGUAUUCCGCAAGAGAUUCCGAACCAGAUGAUGCAGGCUGCGAUGGCAGCUAGAGAUCACAGAAAGAGUAACAGUUCGCUGUUGGACUCAAAAAAGGGCAAGGCUCCACGACCGCCAGUGAAUGGCGAAAUGAACGAUAGCUCCGAUACCGUCGAUGCCAUGGGCAGUCCAACAAGCAAUAAAUUGAACUUUACCGAUAAUUUCGUCAGCGUGCCAUUGGAAAAUGGAAAGGGAAUGAGCAACAGUUCCACUCCGAAAUAUGGGCAAUGCAGUGACACAGAAAGUCAAUUGGCUGGAUAUGAUCACGAAUCCGACAAUGAAACUGCGAGCAGUGGCACUCAAAUCGAAUUGAAUUCGAAGCACAUAACCGUUCAUCAAACGUCAUCCGAAGAAUCUGACACUGAAGAACGCCGUACAGCCAGUUUAGGAGAUCUCUCCAAAUUCGAAAAACCGACAAUACCGACUACGAUGGUACAUUCCCAAAACGGAACGUUGGAACGAGCGCAGAGCUUAGAGAUAUCUGAAGGCUCAGCUCAUGUACCAUCAAAAAUUACUCCGAAAAAACGAAAAGCAAUUCCAGAAACGGAAAAUUCCGAAUUCAAAGAACCACGUUUAAGCAUGGACCUGAGCAAUUUGGACACGUUGCAGAGGGGUCGUUUGAAGAGUUCGUACGAGUGGGGCAACUUGGAAGAUGCCAUCUACGAUAAUAUGAACGGCAGUGGCCAUACGGAUGAUGACAUUGAUGAGUCGAAGAAGGACUCCAGCAUGAUCAUGCAUGUAUUAAAUGCUGCGGACAACGUUGAUAAGCGUGAGCCCAGCGUCAAAUCUGCUCAAUUGAACGGUGAUGCAAAGACAAAAAAUAAUAAGAAGGCCGAAGCGUUCAGCAUCAGCUGGGAUAAUGACGAAAACGAUAUCGACGAAAUACCCAGCAAUUUGGAAGAUACGUUGAAACAUUACAUCGAAUCGGAGUCUAGAAAUGGAUUCCAUGACAAGGCCGAGGGCAAUGGUUUCAAUAAUUAUGGCUUUUCGGACGAACAUAUUUCCAUAUCUCCAGUACAUUUCAGGAGCUCAAAUCACCAGACGGAUAACAAUCACGAUAAUUCUGUCAAAUCAAACGAUUCGGAUCAGAUAAAGAUAAUCAACUACGGCACAAACAUGCCGGAUGAUGUGAAAGUUACGCGAUAUCCAUUUGGCAGCUUAGAAAGACCAAAGUCGGAGGUCCUCAAAAAAUUAGCCAGUCAGAUGUCCGGCGAAGACAUCAGUACCAAAACGAUCACCACAAAUAGUACAUCGAAAACGACCAUCAAACCGGAAACUACUCCGACAAUAACAAAUCUAAGCUAUUCGGACAUGCAGCCGAUAAGUUUAACUAUGAUUGAGCAAGGAGAAAAUGAUUUGACUGAAUCAAGUCAAAUGUCACCAGUAUUUUCUAGCGACGGUAAAGGUGUGAAUAGCAUCAGCAUAUCAUCGAUGGAAGUGAAAAUCAGACCAGAGUCUCGAAAAGACGUGUUACCGGGAAUGUUAGGCCGCGAGAACAUUGUCACAAUAAAUGCAGACGGAUCGCAACCCUCAUCGAUAAUAAUGAUUGACGAUGAAAAGUUGGAUUUCACUCUACAAAAACUGGAGGACGACGUCGCGAAACCAUUUGCGAACAAUUCACAAAAGGAUGAAGUGAUAAUAAUCGAGAGUCUGUCGUCGAAGAAAUUGCCCGAAUCGCCGACCGGUGCUAAAGAAGACACGAAAACUUUUGUAACGGAAAUCCGCGUUCAAACACCCAACGACGAACUGCUAGACGAUGACAUCGACAAAGACGAUCUGGAGGCAUUAAUUGAAGCGGCGUUGAAAAAUGAUACCAGCGCACUAAAGUGCGAGAGUCCCGUGCCAGCAUACGAAUCAAUCGAAAAGUCCAAAUCACCAUCACCCACCGAGCGUGAAUACAUACCAAGAAAUGUGGAAAUGAGAUUCAGCACAUCAACAUACGAAUCACCGCAGCGACAUUUCGAAAAGCGUCAUUCACACAUCGAUCAAAUACGGUCAGCGUUCGAGAAAAAUCAUAGCUCAGAAAUACCGGUUCUCAUUCGCAAAACAUCAAAUCCAACGUCGACCGUCCAACGAACGAGUCCAUCGAAAAUUCCCGUUUUUAAUUCAAAGAGUAAUGAUGGAUCGACGAAGAAUGGAAGCGUUAGUGUUACAUCAAUCAAAAACUCAUCGAGAAAUCCCAGUGGGAAAUGAGUGCCAGUUUGCGAACGUCUGGCAUAACGUGGAAACUAUAUUUUGUAGUCAUUAAUUUUACGAUUUUAUUUUAUUGUACACUAAUCGCAAACGCUUUCCACUUCGAUUGGCAUACUUUACACACAGAAAAACUUUUUUUAUAUAAAAAUGUCGGCGUACAACAAUUUUUAUCAAUAAAGUUUUGAUUUCCAGUUAUUCCUUAACCGCCAUCCCAUUAGAAUUUGCUCCGUUUUUUUUUUCUUCAUUUAAGUCCUAAUGAAUAAGGUCGACUAAUGUAAUACAAUAUGGAAAAACUGUGACAACCAUGGUCGAAAAAAGUGAAAUAAACAAACAGUUCUAUGAUGAACAAAAAUAAAUGAAAGCUAGACAUUGAAGGCUCGCUUCACCCAACUUAAACUUUUAGAAACAGCUAAUCAACCGUUAUUGACAACAGCGAAAAAGAUGAACGAUGAUCAUCCGGUUAGUAAAGUCUUAUUGCAAAAUUCAACGCCAACACAAAUGAAGUAAAAGAUUUUGUUAAUUAAAAAAAUUAAUAUUUUGAUUUUGGCCAUACCUUCAUUUCUAACGUAACGGUUUACCCAUUUUUUUGUUGUUAUUUUUGAAAGUUUUUCACGAACAUUUUGCACAUAAUUUUACUAUUUUCCAUAAACCAGUAUCCUUUUUGCGAAAAAGCUAGCAAAACAAUUUUUAUAUUAUGAACACUAACUUAAUUAAGUUGUCCACUUUUUCUUUCAAUCAUUUUAUAUAGGGUAAGUGAAGAAAAUUGUUAAUUAUUUUUAUAUCACGAAAAUAUUAUUUUACAAUAAAA